UCUAACUCUAGUUAAAUGACAUACUUUGGAGAGCAAUGCAUUUUAUCAUCUUCGUUUGAAUCGUUUCAACAUGUGAGACACUGAAACGAAGUAAGUUAAUAUUUUAGAUGAAGUUAACGUUAACUUAUAGUAUAAAGACGUUGCCUCGCAAAAUGAGGCAACGGGGUAAACAUUAUAAUUCGGAUGGUGAAAACAACGCAUCAAAAUAACACCGUUUUGUCUUUCUUUUGCGAUGUUUGCUGAGGGAUAAAAGGUAGGAAGUUCAGAUAACGUUACGAACCCGCAGGAGACAUAACUGGCAACUACACAAAAAUGUCGAUACCGCUAGCUGGAGAGCUGACGGUAUGCUCUGUUAGUUAGCUUGCGGUGUUAAAAAACAACCGUCUUCAGCCGCUAAAUUAUCAUUCCUAAGACUAAUAACGGAGAAGCCGGGUAGUUAAAUCAGCAGAUACGGACUUUAUAUUUUACGAUGACCAACGGAAUUGCUGUCCUAACGUUACGUUGUAGUUGACAACUGGCUUCAAUUUAUGGAUUAAUGCCGGGUCAACAUUAGCUUGUGUUCUGCUGUGGCUAAGGGAGCUAACUAUCGCCCAUACGCUAGCGUGAGUAACGUCGGUUCGCAGGAGAGCUUUCUGACUCGGAGGAAGGAAGGGAGGAAAUUGAUAAGUAGCAGGAACACUGCGCACCGCUGCUUAUGCAAAGCUAGCACACGUUUUGGACUCCAGAGUUCACACACUGUGACGCAUUUAGAUAAAGUUACUAUCUGUCAACCCAGUGUGACAUUUAACACUAUUUGGUUAACGUUAAUAAGAUGUGCUGUUAGUUGGUGUUGCUAUCUGUCAACAAACACCGUCCUUUUGGCUAGCUGUACGGCGGACGAGAGCUACUACGCUAGCCACAAACUUUUAAAGAAGUUCUGUAAGUCACGUUCACCUAUCUGACUGGCUUACUAAACCGGUGUUUUCAACGUUUCACCGUCGGACUCUUCAACACCGAGCCGCUCUAGGACCAGGAGAAACUUAACGUUAUGGCAUCGGAUGUGAUUGGGAGUGAAGCAGUGCUGAAGGGUGUAAGCGAUAUGAAUCUGAACAAUAGCAGCCAAGAUAUUGUCACACCCAGGAGGACGCUUGACGAGCUGGGGAACAGACAGACUUCUACUCCUUCGUCUUCUGGGGUGUCGGGAGAAGGUGAAGAGGAGGAAUUGGACGAAUUACAAAGUAGCACAGCUUCCACAGUUGAAAAUGGCGAAGAGGCAUCCCAAGAGAGUCUAACCAAAACAAGAGGUAACGUUACGCCACAGGAAAGGCCAACUCCAGGCGACGAGCAGAAACAGCCGGGAGCAAAAAGUUCUACCCCAGUGAGCCUUCCCCAGCCACGCUCACCCCCUGGACCUAUUGGAAGCCUGGAGCGCCAAGAGUCAGUCGCCACAACAGAAGCCCGACUAAGAAUGGAAGGAGUUGAACUGAAGGAAGAGUGGCAGGAUGAGGACUUUCCACGGCCCCUACCAGAGGAAGAGGAGCUUGAAGAUGAGCUUUUUGCAGGACCAUCUGAAGAGGGAGACCCUGGUUAUGAAAUGAACCAUGGCAAGAAGGCAAAGAAGAAGCUUGCAGCUCCGGACAUCAGCCUUACACUUGACCGCAGUGAAGGUUCUCUCCUCUCUGAUGAGCUGGAUGAGAGUACAGAGUUGGACCUUGAUGAUAUAGACACACCUUCAGACAACAGCAAUGAGUUUGAAUGGGAAGACGACCUACCCAAGCCGAAAACCACAGAGCUACUACAGAAGGGUGUGGAGUCAGUUCAGGAGUACUCUGCCUCGGAGGAGAGGGAGGAAGGGCGACGCUGGAGGGCGUUUCGGUUCGGAGACCAGGAACACAGAGUGGACAUGAAGGCCAUCGAACCUUACAAGAGAGUUAUCAGCCAUGGAGGUUACUAUGGAGACGGUUUAAAUGCCAUCAUUGUGUUUGCUGUGUGCUUUAUGCCUGAGAGCAAUCAACCAAAUUACAGAUACAUCAUGGACAAUUUAUUCAAGUACGUCAUCGGCACACUGGAGCUUUUGGUUGCUGAGAACUAUAUGAUUGUGUAUUUGAAUGGUGCGACCUCUCGGAAAAAGAUGCCAACUGUUGGCUGGCUCAGAAAGUGUUAUCAGCAGAUUGAUAGGAGGUUAAGGAAGAACUUGAAAUCUUUGAUAAUUGUCCAUCCCUCUUGGUUUAUUCGCACCUUGCUGGCUCUCACAAAACCUUUCAUAAGCUCCAAAUUUAGUCAGAAAAUAAAGUACGUGUACAGCUUGAUAGACCUGGCAGAAUUGGUUCCAAUGGAGUAUGUGUCCAUACCAGAUUGUAUCAAACAGUUUGACGACGAAAAAAAUAGGAAAAGCCGUAAAAGGUUUAGAAUUUGAGGUGUUUGACAUUUGAAUCGACAAGGACAUGCACGGUAAAGUGGAGAUCGCAACUGCUGCCAUACCGGAGUGACCCUGCUCGCACUGCAAGAUGUGGAGGAGGAGCACAACAAUCUAAUGUAUAUGCUCUGGGCAACGUGACUGGAGACUUGGCUCUUUGCAUCAGGAGAGUGCCUUUUUUGAAACUAUGCUGCCUGUUACAUUGUGGAACUUUUUACAGCUCAAUCCUCUGCAUUUUUCCACAUUCUGUCUGAAACUUUUUAAUCUUUUUUAGUUAUUUACUACCGGUAUAUCAUGUCACACUUAGCUUAUUGGUGUUCCCUAGUUACUGUUGUAUCUACACGUUAUUUAAGGCACUCUGUUACAAAUGGUUGAUGCAUGUUCUGCUUUAUUACAUUUAAAUAUAUAUUUAUAUUCAAAAGGUGACAAUGGAGAGAAAUUAAUAUAUUUUUAUGGUUGCUCUGAUUUUAAACUGCAUUUUAGGUGUCUGAGUGGCAUUUCGUAGAACAAGUUCUGACAGCACCUUUUUCACUGUUCACUGCUGGCGUUCUCUGUUAAAAUCCUGCCUGGGGAAAAUAAAGUUUUAUUUUUUGCCCCUCACUUGAAUGUGCCCUCUGACUUGAGGGAGAACAUGGUGACAGCAACAAUUUGAAGUAAAGAUGUAUGUCUUAGUGUAACAUUUCCUCCAAGUAAAGUCAUGGAUCCACA